CCACCACCACCACCACCACCACACCUCUUCCCCCACACAUCUCGCCCACCAUGGCCUCCAAAGUCCGCCAGACGUUCCGCCAGACGUUCAUGAAGAACUGGUGCGUGGCGCAGCGCGAUGCAGCGGGCGUGCUGAAGGGCAGAACGCGGACAGCGUAGAGCGCAGAGCGCAGAGGGCCGAGCGGCGAGCGGGCGGCGACGGCGACUGGCGGGCAGCAGGUGCGAUGGCGCAAGCGACGACAGGUGUGCGCUACGAGGCACAUGUGUCGACCCUGCCUCUGGAGCAUCGUAGCUGUGCCUUGCGCGCCGCCGCACCGCCUCUGAGCAGCGACGCACCAGCGUCUCUUGGCACGCCCUGCUUGCCUUGACUGUGCAAUAGCGAUAGGGCGAUGGCGACGCCCGAGCCGUGUGGCGACCAAGGUCUCUUGCCUGUGCAGGCGAUUCUCGACGACACCGAGCAGGUCCAUCUUCUCUCUCAACUCCCCUCUGACCUCGCCUCGCUUCUUCGCCCUACUAGGUACUCGCCCGAGGUGCUGCCCAUUGUCGCCGUCACGGGCGUGGCAGCCGUCGGUGCCGGCUGGUACAUCUCGCGCCUCGCACGCGGCCCGGAUGUGGUGUGGGACCGCAAGAACAACCCGCAGCCCUGGAACAACGUCACGCCGGGCACCAACACCAAGAUGAUGUCGGUCAACCAAGAGUUCGAGCGCAAGUACAAGCGCGACCGUCUCUAAGCCAUUCGCCGGCGACGACCACGCUUUG